AUGGUUUACCAUCAAUCUGCUGAAGAGCACAACUCAAUCAAGGAAAGAAAAUCAGAUCGUCGACACUACACCACGAACACGCGGAUAAUUAUGAAUCUUCUCGUAUACCUUGGUCACGGUGGUCCUCCAGUUCUCAAUUCUAUUCAAAACCUUGCGGUGGUCCAUCGAAAGUUCUAUAGGCUGUGUCUUCCUAAGUUAUGGCAGAAAGUCGCAUUUCCAACUUCCCUGCCUGCUCCUAUAUCACUCUGGACGGGCGAUUUACUCUUGAAACACGGAAACUUAGUAAAGUCUGCUCAAUUUGACUUAGAAUAUGUAGCUCUUCAUCAGCAUCCUCACGAGUUUUCAGAAACCGAAAUGAGUCUUUUGGAUAAUACAUCGCUGCUUCAUGUUAGCAAUUUCAGAUUCAAGAUUGGACUGUUGAACAUUGCGAAGAUCUUCAAAGUCUGUCCCUCUCUAGAAUCAGUAUCGAUUUCUCUUCAGCCAAGUGGACGAACAUCUGAAUGGGUGUCUGCUCUUGCAGUUCGCUUGAGAAGCCCGUUUCAGCUUCUCCCACAACUCGAACAUUUACAAUUGAAGGACCAUAGAUACCAAGGUCUUUCAGGCAACUUUAUAAUUGAUAUCAUCAAAGAAUUACCAUCUCUCAUUUCCUUGGAAUUAUCCCGCUUUAAAUUUUUCCGAAAAGAAUCUGUAGAAGAAUCUUUUGGAUGGAAUCUAGCGCAGCUCAAGAAGCUUCGCAAACUUAGUCUUGAGUGCAUCAGUUGCGAGGAUCAAACUUGGACCUUGAAUUCUUGGCCCGAACCGCUCACAAAUCUUGAAAUUAGAUGUUGUGAGGGCAUGACACCUGAAAUGGCACAUCGAUUACUCAGCGAUCAUUAUGAAAUCAUCAAUCUACUUGUAAGCUUUGAAGACUGUAGAAGUCUAGAAGUCCUUGAAUAUCAUGGUGAUAUGUAUGAUGAUCAAUGGAACUCGCUGAAGAAUCUAUUAUCUCGACGUACUUGGCCUAAGCUCGUGGUUUUAGAUCUUUGUUACUCAAGUCUCUAUGAUGGAAAUGGACGAUGGCUAGGCAAGCAGGAAGUGGAAGAAUUAUUCAAACCGUUCAACAUCCAGCUAUUAAUGAAAAAGAAUUAA